AGUUGUCAGCGUGCAUGAAAAACCACCGAAUGAUUCGGAUCUUACAACAAACUGCCUGCUGUUGGCCACUCUGCCCAUUGGCUGGGGGAGCUAAAGUAGGAAGGAGUGCGUUCCUGUCAGUGUGAAUAAAGUCUGCUCUCUCCACGAGCCUCUGCACUUAGACCGGGGGAGUUUAGCUCUCCCUGUCCCCGAUGAAGAUGAUGCACCAGCUCCUCAUCUCCACAGCGAUCUUCCUCGCCGGCCUUCACGGCAUUCAUUCCCUUAAGAUCUGCUCCUUCAACGUGAGAACCUUCGGAAAAUCCAAAGCUGCCAAGGAAGGAAUGCUGGACGUACUCGUGAAGAUUAUCUCCCGCUGUGACCUGUUGUUGAUGAUGGAGAUCAAGGAUGUGAGCAACCAAGCCUUUCCUGCGCUCAUGACAAGACUGAACAAUCACGGCAACAGGAAUGAAUAUGAAUCGAUCAUCAGUGUCCGUCUGGGAACAGGCACCUACAAGGAACAGUACGCGUUUAUUUACAGACACAAAUUAUUAUCGGUCAAAAGAAGUUAUCAAUAUCCGGAUUUCCCAGCAAACAACGCGGAUGUGUUUGCACGAGAGCCAUUUGUAGUCUGGUUUUCAUCACCCUCCACCUCUGUGAAAGACUUUGUGGUUAUUCCCCUGCACUCAAUGCCAGAUUCCUCCGUGUUUGAGAUUGAUGCCUUGUACGACGUCUACACGGAAAUGAAGCAGCGUUGGAGAGCCAAGUACUUCAUCAUCAUGGGAGACUUGAAUGCCGACUGCGACUACGUGAGGAGGAAGCAAUGGAAGAAUAUCAGACUGCGAAACGAUACCAACUUUGCCUGGCUGAUUGGUGAUGAAGAGGACACGACGGUGAAGGAAAGCACGCACUGUGCCUACGACAGGAUUGUCCUUCGUGGUGAGAAGCUGCUGAAGGCGGUCGUACCUGAUUCAGUCAACGUGUUCAAUUUCAAGGAGGCUUACGGCAUGACUGAGCCGCAGGCGCUGAACGUGAGUGACCACUACCCCGUGGAGGUUGACCUGCGGGAGACUCACGGCUUCUUCAGUUGGCUCAAGUCCCACAAAGGCCCGCGUGGGUAGAGGAAGACUGAGACCAUGGCGGCCACACCUUGCCUUGCAGUGGGACCCACUGCGUAUAUCACGCGGCUUAAGCUUCUAAGGUAGAUACACAAUGUUGGAGUAACACAGCGGGUGAGGCAGCAUCUCUGGAGAGAAGGAAUGGGCGACGUUUCGGGUCGAGACCCAAAGGGUCCAGCACUUUGUGUCUACCUUCAAUUUAAACCAGCAUCUGCGGUUCUUUCUUACACAUCUUACACAUCUUAAGCUUCUAGUUUAGUAUAGAGAUACAGCCCGGAAACAGGCCCUAUUGACCACCGAGUUAAAAUUGCCCUACACAUACACACUAGGGACAAUGUCAUUGAAUGGCCUCGCCCCGCCUUACCUCUCUGAGCUGCUCCACCUAUAUGCUCCUGCCCGGUGCCUCAGGUCAGGGAUCAGCUGCUCCUUGAGGUACCAAGGUCUAAGCGGAAGCUCAGAGGGGAUAGAGCCUUUUCUGUUGCUGCCCCGGCACUCUGGAACACCUUGGCGCUGCAGAUCAGACAGGCCCCUUCACUGUCCAUCUUUAAAUCCUCCCUAAAAACUCACUUUUAUUCACUGGCUUUCGACACUGGCUGAGACUUUGUUCCUGUUUUAGUGCUUUUAAUGUCUUUUAAUUUUUUACUGUUUUUAUAGUCCUGUCGUCUUAAUGGUUUUAGUAGUUUGUAAUAACUUUUUGUUGAUUUCCCAUGUACAGCACUUUGUGGUAACUGAUGUUGUCUAAAAGCGCUUUAUAAAUAAAGUUAUUAUUAUUAUUAUUAUUAUGUUACAUUUAUACCAAGCCAAUUGACCUACAAACCCGCACGUCUUUGGAGUGUGGGAGGAAACCUGAGAUCCCGGAGAAAACCCACGCAGGUCACGGGGAGAACGUGCAAACUCCGUACAGACAGCGCCCGUAGUCGGGAUCAAACCCGGGUCUCUGGCGCUGUGAGGCAGCAACUCUACCGCUGCGCCACCGUGCCGGACCUUGGCAAGAUCACAGGGCAGGAGGUGAAUUUCAACUUAAACUCACAGGAAGUGGAGUGGUUGAUUAACAUGUGAGGGAGUGACGUUUAGUGGCAGGAAAGGACUUCUACAUCUGUAGGAAGGAACUGCAGAUGCUGGUUGAUCCCAAAGUUAUCCAUAAACAUUGCUGGAGCAACUCAGCGGGUCAGGCAGCAUCUCUGGAGAAGGGGCCACCUAUCCAUGUUCUCCACAGAUGCUGCCUGACCCACUGAGUUACUCCAGCACUCUGU